AUGCCCUCUCGUCGCAGCCAUACAAAGUCCCGGAGGGGUUGUUUUCAAUGUAAAAAGAGGCAUGUUAAGUGCGAUGAAGAGCUCCCAAGAUGCAGCCUAUGCAAAAAGCGCGGUCUGGACUGCGACUACCCCCCAACCGGGGAAGCAGACGGCUUCCCUCUCAGCCCACAGGACUCUAAUGACAUACCCUCCAGCUCCGAGGGGUGGUCCGCGCACACGCGGAUGCUGGAGAUGAAGCUCCUACACCACUAUGUCAUCGACGCCUCAUUUACUCUACGGCCCGACGUGCUAGAAGCCGGGUACUUCCAGAUCGCCGUCCCGCGGAUCGCGACAUCUAAUCCGUUCCUGCUAGACAUCAUCCUAGCAUUCUCGGCGCUGCAUCUGGCGUUCCUCGAGCAGGGCGAUAGCAAGUGGCUCGAGAUUGGGCUCAAGUACCAGAAUCGAGCAUGCUCGGCUUUCAGUAGAGUGCUGGCAAAUCUGUCGCCGGAGACGCUGGGCCCGGCGUUCAUCUGCUCGAUUUUCACCAUGUUGUGCGCAUUUGCGUACCCUUGUGUGUCGCAGAACCGCGAGAGCUUUGAUCCGCUGUCGCAGGUGUUGGAGAUUAAUCGGUUGUUUGUUGGGUGUGCGUUUCUGUUUGAGCAGCUGGAGAAUGUUGAGCAGCCGGAGGAGAUCAAGGCUUGGCUUGUUUAUAAGCAGCCUGAGUUGUUUUUGAGGAAGGGGAAGAUAGAGGAAGCGCAAGAGAACGAGUUUUUCGAGCACCUACAACGGGAUCUACUAAAGUCACUCGACCACCUACAGGGCACAAUCGACACAGCCGAAGGCCCACACCAGGAAAUGUACAAAGACACAUGGGCGACACUGCAACAGAUGGUCCAGGAGUGGCCACGGGGAAAGCAACAAGGCGGGAUCCUCGCUUUCCCAAUCCACAUUAGCGAGGAGUUCAUGGCGCGGCUGAAGGACGGAGACUGGACGGCGCGCAUUAUAUUUCUGCAUUACGGCGUUGGCAUGCAUCUGCUUUCGAAUAAAUGGUACGUUGGGAUCUGGGGCCGUCGCCUGGUUGCGACGGUGCUGCCGCCAGAGGAAGAGAUCCCAGAGGUCUGGAAGGAGACGGUUGCGUGGGCGCGCCAGGCAGUGGCGUACACAGUGCCGUACGACGGGGAGAAACGCAAAGAGAAGAGCGAGAUGGGGCUGCGACGAUCAUUUCCGGGAAUCUCCGCCCAAACUCCAACUCCAACUCCAACACUAGUUAUCUACGAAGCGGGACCAGCCCGCCACUCGUUGCCCGCUGCUUAUCAAUUCCGUCGGGAAUUCCUUGACCCAAGGAAUUCUUCAAAGCCAAAAUGGCGCCGCCGCCUCACUCUCCUGCCAGGUUCAUCCAUGAUCUCCUUCGUCCGCACCGGUCUGGCGCAGCGUAGAGUCGUAGAGAUCCCGAAGUGCAGGAGAUGCAGGGGUGUCGCGCGCCCGACGUGGAGAAGCAGGCCUUCUAAACCAUCAGCCCCCGCUGAUUCCAGCCUGUUUCACAAUAAAGCAGGAACAAGCCCCUUGCCGACCAUGUCGCGUGCCUUGAAACUCUCGCUCUGUACUACCCUCCUGCUGGUAUUACUGGUUGUUCAUCUCCCCGGUGUGCUUCCAUCCCCGGUAGACCACGACUCGUCCGAUCGCUACUUUCGCCAGCACGAGAGGUCCAGGUACGACCAUGUCCAGGCUGGAAUCCAACCCGGGAAGCGGGGCGCCGCUGCGAGCGAAAGUGCCAUCUGCAGUCGGCAUGGUACGGACAUUAUCCUGAAGGGCGGGAAUGCAGCUGAUGCAAUGGUCGCGACGAUGCUUUGCGUUGGCGUUGUCGGAAUGUAUCACAGCGGCAUCGGCGGCGGCGGCUUCAUGCUCGUCAAGGCCCCCAACGGCACAUUUGAGUACAUCGACUUCCGCGAGACCGCGCCAGCAGCAGCAUUUGAGGAAAUGUUCGACAACAACACCAGUGCCUCCACGAUAGGCGGGCUAGCCAGUGGCGUCCCCGGCGAAUUGCGCGGCCUGCAAUACCUGCACAACAAAUACGGCACCCUCCCGUGGUCUGUCUUAGUCCAGCCUGCCGUCCGCACCGCGCGAUACGGGUUCCCCGUCGGCGCAGACUUAGUGCGCUACAUGGAUUCUGCGGUUAGCGGUAGCGAGGCAGGCGAUUUCCUAGUCAACGACCCCUCAUGGGCCAUUGAUUUCGCACCGAACGGCACGCGGGUUCAGCUCGGGGACACGAUCACUCGCAAGCGCUACGCGGACACGCUUGAGACGAUUGGAUCGAAGGGUCCAGAUGCGUUUUACAAGGGUCAGAUUGCAGAGGCGACAAUUCGGGCGCUGCAGAAGGCCAAUGGGACUAUGACGCUGGAGGACCUGAGCGGGUAUAAGGCUGUUGUGAGGAAUAUAUCGCAGAUUGAUUAUCGAGGGUAUCGGGUGGCGAGUACGACGACACCGUCGAGUGGGACGGUUGUGUUGAAUAUGUUGAAGGUGCUGGAUACGUAUGGGCCGCUGUUUGGGCCGGAUAAUGUGAACCUGAGUACCCAUCGCAUGGAUGAGGCGAUGAGGUUUGGGUAUGGGCUGAGGACGGUCCUAGGAGACCCGGAAUUCGUCGAAGGGGUGUCCGAGUAUGAACAGGAUAUGCUGAAGAAGCAGACUAUCGAUGAUAUCCGCGGGAAGAUCUCAGACCUGCGGACGCAGAAUGUGUCCGCAUAUGACCCAGCUGGGUUUGAGAGCUUGGAUACGUAUGACCUCCCACUCUCCUAUUUUCAAAGCCCCGUCUUACAACAAUGCAGACCAGGAACAUCGCAUAUUGCCACAAUCGACCACUCCGGCCUCGCAAUCUCAGCCAUCACAACAAUCAACCUCCUCUUCGGUAGCAAGCUAGUCGUCCCAGAGACAGGCGUCAUCAUGAACAACGAGAUGGACGACUUCUCAAUCCCCAACUCCUCCAACUCCUUCGGCUACAUCCCCUCCGAAGCAAACUUCAUCCGCCCGCACAAACGCCCCCUCUCCUCCUGCACUCCAGCAAUAGUCACCCACCCCAACGGCACAACCUUCUUCCUCUCGGGCUCCGCCGGCGGCAGCCGAAUCAUCACAGCCACAGUGCAAAACAUCAUCCACGCAGUUGACGAGGGCUUGUCAGCCGCCGAAGCCCUAGCCAAGCCGCGUCUGCAUGACCAGCUUGUGCCGAAUCAGGUGGCGUUUGAGUAUGCGUAUGACAAUGCCACGGUGGCAUUUAUGAAGGGGCGAGGGCAUAAUGUUACCUGGAUGGCGCCGGGGACGAGCACGGCGCAGGCGAUUCGGGUGUUGGCGAAUGGGACUUUUGAUGCCGCGGGGGAGCCGAGGCAGUUGGAUUCUGGAGGGUUUGCUGUCUAG